CUCUUCUUCAAUUAACAAUAUCCCCCUAAUCCCUCUACCACAAUUUGUUCCUGAUCCUUUACCUCUGCUUGCUGGAAUUGUACUGUACCUGCUGCGGCUGCGCCUUUCCCGUCUGCAACCAUCGCAGACGCGAGAUCCCACACAAACACACGCACGUUCGUCUUUCUCUAUUUUGUCUAUCCUGCUUGUCGAACAACAACCCCCCCACACCCCCCUCCCCCUUCCAUAUCCGAGCUUGCUUCCUACUUCCCCGCCGUCAUUCCAUCUUCCUUCCUCACCUACAACCAAACAACUUUUAUUUGUCCGCUACAUCCGCUCGACGAAACGUUAAUAAAUUACUCUUGAUCACAAUAAUACUAUCGGAACGUUCGUUUUACCCAUCCAUCUUUUAUUGUGUGUCCGCCCUCCCAACGGGGCAUCCAGUCGCUUUUGUAUGGAGAAGAAUGGAGAGUUGGACUCGAGUUUCAUGGCGGUCGAUCCAGUCAGCCCAGCAAGCAAUAACUCAAAAGACCUUUUAGACGAACCGGCUGCUCCCCGCCGUAAUUCAACCGACGACAACGACCCAACAAGGCCCCGUAAACGACUAGCUGCCAUGGCAAUCCACGACGAUAUGAAGGACGUAGAGGUCGCUGUUGAAUCACCUAGAGAAGCUUCUAGUCCCCUUCAGGACAGGGCUUCCCAGCUUGCGCUUGGAGAUCGUCAUAGCGGGGAAGAAGAGGAUCGCAGCAAUCUGGGAGAUGAGGAGGGAGCGGUUGCUCCGGCAGCUGGCGGUGUCGGAAAGUCGAUAACUAUUCAUCUUCGAUCCUCCGUUUUGCAUCAGUCGGAAGAGAAUCAAUCUCAGGAUGGAUAUGCCAGUGACCGAGUCAACGGCUCCACUCAAUCUACCAUUCAAAAAUCGGAGCAGCUACAACCUCUGGACUCGCCCCAAGCUACUUCGCCAAAUGGAUCUAUACGCACUCCGGAUGUUGAGGUGGAGGAGGUUGAAGAAAUGGAUGAGGGUGAAGACCAUCUAUCCAGCCAUAUUACUAUCGUGAAUAACUACCUGAAUAAUCCCGUUAAUACCGGAGGACCUGAUCGGGUAAAAGAUCUCAUGGAUUCCAUGGUUUCGAAGCUCGAGAGAGGUAAGCGUUGCCUAAAUUAUGACCCAGCCAAACUUUGGGCAUAA